CGCCUACGGACACGCUGGCAAAGACGCCGCCCGCAAGCGACACCUCGGCGACGCCCUUCAUGUCGUUUGAAGACUGGAAGGAGAUGAUGCUCAAGGAAACCGGGCAGGAUCCCCAAGACCUGCAUCUUCGCAACUCGAGCGGGCGCCAGAAAGGCGACAGGCCGUCUCCCGACGUGGACGAGGCCUUGGGCGAGGAAGGGGAAAUAUCCCUAACGUUUGACUACGGCGAGGGCGAUGGCAUUCGAACCGGAACCUAUGCGGACUCUGCGACUUCGAAUACCGGCGACGACGCCGACGAGGCUUUGGUGUCCAAGGACGGCAAAGCGCCCAUCCACCGGAGCAAGGACGCAGGCAAGACCUGCAAGGAACGCUUCUCGUACUCUUCCUUCGAUGCAGGCGCCACCAUCCUCAAGGCGGGGCCGCAAGCCAAGAACGCGAAAGCGAUCCUGGUGGAAAACAAGGACUCUUACAUGUUGCUCGAAUGUGCGGCGCAAAACAAGUACGUUAUCGUCGAGCUGAGCGACGACAUCCUCAUCGACACCAUUGUCAUUGCCAAUUUUGAGUUCUUCUCGAGCAUGAUUCGGCAUUUCCGCGUCAGUGUCAGCGAUCGGUACCCCGUCAAGAUGGACAAAUGGCGAGAAGUUGGGAUAUUUGAAGCUGCCAACUCGCGCGACAUCCAGGCCUUCCUCGUAGAAAACCCCCAGAUCUGGGCCAAGUAUAUCAGGAUCGAGUUCCUGACGCACUACGGGAACGAGUACUACUGUCCUGUGUCUUUGCUCCGGGUCCAUGGCUCGAGGAUGCUUGAUUCCUGGAAAGACAGUGAGACUGGCCGAGAAGAUGAGGCGAGUAAGGACGGCGGCGCCCUCGACGCAGAUCCUGCGGCGUCUGCACAUCUGAGAUCAAACGCCACCCAAGCUCGCGAUGCCUCCACUGCUCCGCCGUCGAAGCAGACCAAUUCUACCAAACCCGCCGCUGAUACUGUGCAACCCUCACCAGACUCCGCAGACGCCACAGGAACAACCUCGGGGACAACCUCAGGAACAGGAAAAUCUCGAAGCGGCGGAACCGCAAGCGCCUCCGCUCCCACGCCAACCGUCCAAGCAAGCUUCUUCAACUCCAUCACCAAGCGUCUGCAGCAGGUCGAGGCCAACCUCACACUGUCGCUCAAGUACGUCGAGGACCAGUCGCGGCUCAUGCAGGAGGCCCUCCAGAAGACGGAGCAGAAGCAGGUAUCCAAGCUCACCCGCUUUUUGGGGGACCUCAACCACACCGUGCUCGCCGAGAUGCGCAAUGUGCGCGACCAGUAUGAGCAGAUCUGGCAGUCUACCGUGCUGGCCCUCGAAAGUCAGCGAGAGCAGUCUGAGCGUGAUAUCGUAGCCUUGAGUACAAGGCUCAACCUACUAGCCGAUGAGGUUGUCUUUCAGAAGCGUAUGGCGAUCGUCCAGGCCAUCCUCCUGCUCUCCUGCCUCUUCCUCGUCAUCUUCUCCCGC